AUGUUAGCAGCAGAACAGGAAAACGCUCAGCUCAGAGAGGAACUAGUUAACCUCAAGGGAGAGAUGGAAAGAAUGGCACUUAUGAUGGAAACUAUGAUGGCUGAGAGAGAGCAAGCAGCAAUCUCCAAUUCAACUCCUGUUGUGGUCGUCACAGCUGCACCUGAGGGUCCCCCGCAACCAUCUCCGACUACUACUACAACUAUCGGCCUCACCCAGCCUCUGAUGACUGAUUUUUCUUCUGGUAAUAUGGCAACUAUGGGUAACUCAGGCUUCCGUCCUCUUGGCCCCCAGGGUCUCUUUUCUACUCCUCAGUAUUCCAUGCCUCCAGGCUACCCUUGGGGCAUGCCGCUUGCAGCUAAUGGGGUUUUUCGUCCAAGUGCUACUGAAAUGCCAUUCGCACAUGGUCAACAUACUUCACCUUUUUUUCAGAUGGGCCAGCUAUUUCCUCAGGCUGCUAUGACUCGAGCAGGAUCCACUGUGCAUGUUGAGCCACAGCAGGAAGAGCAGAUUUAUCAUUCUAACAGUGUGAUGGGGGACGACAAAGCAGUUAACUGGGAAGAGAGGUUCGGGGCUUUGGAAAAAGAGAUGAGUAACAUGCGUGGUAAAGAAGUAGUCGUCCAGAGUAUAUACGAUCUUUGCUUGGUACCAGAUGUGGAUAUACCCCCAAAAUUCAAGAUGCCUGUGUUUGAGAAAUACCAAGGGGACUCGUGUCCACAAAAUCAUCUAACCAUGUAUAUUACGAAGAUGAUAGCUUACAGGAACAACGUACCUUUGCUCAUUCAUUGCUUCCAGGACAGUUUGACCGGUCCUGCACAUACUUGGUUUAUGGGAUUGAAAGGCAUUACUACAUUUGAACAAUUGGCUGACGCUUUCAUGCAACAAUACAAAUACAACAUGUAUCUGGCGCCUAGUCGCAAAGAGUUGCAGUCCUUGACCCAAAAGGACAAAGAAUCAUUCAAAGAGUAUGCACAACGCUUCAUCCAGAAGGCCUCCCAGAUUCGUCCGCCCUUGGAUGAAAGGGAAUUAUCCGAGAUGUUCUAUGAGACUCUGAGUCCUUGCUAUUCAGAGAAAAUGAUUGUUUGUGCAUCACAGAAAUUCAUCGACCUGGUAGAGACGGGGAUACGUAUUGAGGAUUGGGCUCGUAAGGGAGCUGGUUCUUCAGGUGGUUCUGCAGGAAGUUCGUCUAAUGGUAACAAGAAGUUUGGUAAUGGUUACUCAAAAAGGAAUGCUCAAGAAGUCGGCAUGGUGGCCCAUGGAGGAUCUCAGCCUGUGUACCCUAGUCAUCCUUAUGUUGCUAACAUUACCCCACAAAUGACCGCUCCCCAGAACCCAAAUUAUCAACCACCAAGACCUCAAGGACCUUCACCAUACUAUCCACCACUAUAUCAACUACCAUACAACCCACAACAAUUCCCUCAACAACCAUAUUACCCCCAACAACCAUACCAACAAAGGCCACAAUACCCACCACAACAACAACCCCGUCCUCAAGCUCCCUACAAUCAGCAAAAUCAAAAACAACAAUUUGAUCCCAUACCAAUGACAUAUGGAGCAUUACUGCCUUCCUUGCUCACGCAAAACCUGGUUCACACACUACCACCCCCUCGCAUUCCAGAUCCUCUCCCACGCUGGUACCGUCCUGAACUUCAUUGUGUUUAUUGA